AUGGAUACUUGGAGACAUAAUGAUAUUAUUGAUGCCCACGCAGAAAGGCCAUGUCCCCACAAUGAAGUUAAUUGCAUAAGAAGGUACUUCGACAAGCAUUCUAACUGUAAAGUGGCCCAUGGACUUGUACCAGAUCCUUUCUUCAUACGUUCGACUCUCGCUAUAGCCAGUGCGAAUUUAACAUAUACUAUGAAUGAUGUUAAAGUAUCUAAGCUAAAUGGAAACAUAACAGAAUUCACAUAUGAUUCCAUAACAUUCACUGCCGUUAUACCCAACGUUGACAAAGUGGAGUUUACAAAAACUGAAGUAUUUUCGUACAUUGAAAACGGCAACGUACCUUACGCUGUUGGGCCUGGUGUCAUCAAAUCUACUGAUACAGACGUAAUAAGGUCGUUCAAUAAAAUGGUGUCUAAUGUGCCAGAUGGUGUAAAAGAAGCGAUGGUAUUCCAAGGACCAAUAUUCAUGCUCAAUUUCAUACAGUAUACCAUAUGUGAUUUCGGUUUCAAGAUAAUUAGUACUUAG